UUCUGGUUUAUCUCUUCCCCAAUUCCAGAAUCACACCUACCCAAUCCAAUGGAGCUAACCCUAGACCAACUGAAGCAGUACGACGGCACCAAUCCAUCAAACCCUAUUUACAUCGGCGUCAAGGGCCGUAUCUUCGACGUCACCACCGCAAAAUCCUUCUACGGUCCCGGCGGUUCCUACGCCAUGUUCGCCGGUAAAGAUGCGAGCAGAGCUCUAGCUAAGAUGAGUAAGAACGAUGAAGAUGUUAUCGGAUCUCUUGAUGGACUCACUGAGAAGGAGAUCGGAAUUUUGAAUGAUUGGGAGAAGAAAUUCGAAGCUAAGUAUCCAAUUGUUGGUUCUCUUGCUGCUUAAAUAAAUUAUAUACAUGAAUAAUCGGUUUAUCUGAAUCGAAAACAAACUUGCUUGAAAUUGCAUCUGGUUGUAGCUGCUGAAUUCAAUGUUUAGCAUAAAUUUGUGGCUUAUGUUUCCAGAUCGCUGACUGCUUUCUUCAUUUCUAGUUUGAAAUUGAUUGGUGGUUUUCGAUUGUUGUUUGCGUAUAUUCGAUCGGUUGUGGAUUUUGUUUG